GAUCGCACUGCGCUCCCGCGCCCCGAGGCGGCCUGCCACCGGCCAGCUGCACCACGCUCCCCUUCCCUUCACCUUCAGCUAGCUGCCGCUGGCUCUACUUCACAGCACUGCCACCUUCAUUUGUGAGCGCCCUGCUUCGCUUGCAUCACCAGUCACCACUCACCACUCCCUCGGAGGCGAAAGCGCUCCGGCCGGUGGCUAGCGAGAUGGCCGGGGGAAGAGGCGGUGCAAGCCGUGUCGCCGUCGCCGCCGCCGCGGCGCUCGCCGUCGCGUGCUGCUGCAUGGGCGUCGCCAGCGCGGCCACCUACUACGUCGGGGACGGCGGCGGCUGGUCCCUCAGCAGCGGGAGCUGGCCCAACGGGAAGCAGUUCCGCGCCGGCGACGUCCUCGUGUUCAGGUACAACCCGCUGAUCCACAACGUGGUGGCGGUGGGCGAGGACGGGUACAACGGGUGCACCACGCCGUCGGGGUCGAGGACCUACGAGUCCGGCAACGACGCCGUGAGGCUGGUCAGGGGCGACAACCGCUUCAUGUGCACCCGCCUCUACCACUGCAACUUCGGGAUGAAGAUGGUCGUCAACGCCGCCUGACCGCCGGCACUGCCAUGUUUAUCAAGUUCAAGAAAAGUUAGGCUCUGUCUCCUCUGUUGCGUUUGGUUGCCAUGAGGGUUGGUUUGCAGUUCUAGCUAGCAGGAGUGGGUGAUAAGGGGAUUGUGUGCGUGUGUAUUUCAGUGGUUGUUAGACGAGGACUAUCUGCGUGUGCUGUGUUGACUCUGACGGAAUGUGUUUGUUCUUAUUGUAUUUCUGAUGAUGGGAA